AUGUCGGGAAAGUCGCGACGGGGCGUCAAAUUCCCCCACAGGACAAAUGGCUUCGUUGAGGGCCGCCGCGCCAGCUUUGGCGAGGCCGAGGGCAGCAGCCCCGUCAGUCCGACCAGGUCCAGAUCCAAUCUGUCAGCUGUCGAGAACACUGUAGAGAAGCAAACGCCCGAGCAAGAACAGGCCGCCGAGUACGAGAAGAAGAAGCAAAACUUCAUCACCAGGACCUUCUGGACGUUUGUCAUGAUCGGUGGCUUCUUCACUGCCCUCUUCAUGGGCCACAUCUACAUCAUCCUCGUCAUCACCGCCAUCCAGAUCGUCUGCUUCAAGGAGGUCAUCGCCAUCGCCAGCGUCCCUAGCCGCGCCAGACAGCUGCGCUCCGCCAAGAGCCUGAACUGGUACUGGCUCGCGACCACCAUGUACUUUUUAUACGGAGAGACUGUCAUCUACUACUUCAAGCAUAUCGUGCUGGUGGACAAAGUCCUCCUUCCCUUGGCUACCCACCAUCGCUUCAUUAGUUUUAUUCUCUAUGUUAUCGGAUUCGUUUUCUUCGUCGCUUCCCUCCAGGCCGGCAACUACAAGUUCCAGUUCACUCAGUUCGCCUGGACGCACAUGGCCCUCUACCUGAUCGUAGUCCAGUCCCACUUCAUCAUGAACAACGUGUUUGAGGGCAUGAUCUGGUUCUUCCUCCCCGCUUCGCUCGUCAUCACAAACGAUAUCUUUGCGUACAUCUGCGGUAUAACCUUUGGCCGGACCCAGCUCAUCAAACUGUCUCCCAAGAAGACGGUCGAAGGAUUUGUCGGCGCGUGGGUCAUGACCAUCCUCUUUGGCUAUAUCCUGACCAAUGCCCUCAUGAAGAGCCAGUAUUUCAUCUGCCCUGUCACGGAUCUCGGCGCCAACAUCUUCACUGGUCUGCAGUGCGAGCCGAACCCGGUCUUCCUGCCUCACACCUACGUGCUUCCCGAACUCCUGUUCCUUCCUCCUCAAUACCAACACCUCAGCGUGACGAUGGAGCCGAUGCAGAUCCACACUCUGAUCUUCGCCAGUUUCGCGUCUUUGAUCGCACCCUUUGGUGGUUUCUUUGCCUCCGGACUCAAGCGUACCUUCAAGAUCAAGGACUUUGGACACUCGAUCCCUGGCCACGGAGGCAUGACGGAUCGCAUGGACUGCCAGUUCAUCAUGGGUUUCUUCACGUUCAUGUACUACCAUUCCUUCAUCGCCGUCUAUAAGGCCAACCUUGGCAGCAUUAUGGAGCUAGCCAUUACCGGCUUGACAGCCGAGGAGCAGAUUGAGCUGGUCCGUGGCAUGGGCCGGUACCUUGGGAAUCAAGGCAUCCUCGGAGAGGAUGUGCUGUCGUGUCUGGACGUAACAUUGCCUGUCAAGAGGUAG